CAAUUUUCAUUUCUUCCUCGUAAAGUUUGGCUACGUUUUGUUUAAUCAACUCGUCCAUAGAUUCUGACGAGCCAGACCGGUCUCUAGCCUGCCACUUUCCUACCAUCGGUAACCUCCCCAGUUCCGUCAGAAUGAUCUAGACUCCGGACGCGCCUCUGCACGGUCGGGGCCUCGUGUCACUGUUGCUUCUAUCAACCAGCCAAUGGAACAAUUGGUGGCUUUUAACCUUAAAUAUUGUUGUGUGCCGUGACUCGCGAACGAAUUCUCCGACUGAUCAUCAUGCCAGGACCUUUUGAGACUCUCCGUAUCUCAGAAAUCCUUGCGGUUAUCCUUGAUGGAUUACAAGACGACAAGAAGUCAUUGUAUUACAUGUCUUGCUGUUGUCGUGCAUUUACAGAUCCUGCCCUUGACAUUCUCUGGAGAUCUAUGCACUCCUUUGCCCCAUUCAUUUCGUUGAUUCCGCAAAGCGCGUCAUUGGUAAAUGACGCCCGGACGUGUGACUGCGAUCUCCUGAAAUAUCGCUGCAAUUCAUUGGACGACUGGAAAACGUUCAACAAAUACGCUGCACGAGUCUGGAGCUUGCGCAUAGGAGAUCACAACAAUGAUUGUGCAGAUCUCAUGAAAAACCGGGAUUGCUACAUGCGUCUCACAGUUAUUCGCGGACAGGAUGGGUUUCAUCCUUUCCCGAAACUACGAAGUCUGGCCUAUAUCCUCUCUGGGCCAAUUUCCACGCAAGCGAAACCAUUUCCCCCCUCCUUGCGAUCUCUCACCCUCGUAUGUCACAAUACACUUGAUUGUGAUCCCAUUGAAUUAGCACUUGACCGCGCUGUUACUGAAGCCCCGCAUCUGGAGGAACUGCGGAUUACUGGUCUCAUGCGGACGAUGAGAGUGUUGCACUCGACACCGCAACUUCAAUUCGGGCACAUCGGGAGCGUUGAUCUAAGCAAAGCCUAUAUUCGUGCCCCUGAGCUUGCAGCUCUUUGCACGUUGUUGUCCCAGGCACCUAUUUCAGACCUCAAAAUCCACCUCCAAGAUCGCUUGAACAUGGAUUGGCAAGCUAUUCCUCCAAUGUUCCCUGCCUUGAAGCAGUUGGAUGUUCGGGGAUCGAUGUUUUCCGUCAUGCUCUUCUUGUUACGCCUUGCGGCAACAAAUCUGCAUACGCUGGUGUUUCAACCAGACGGACAACCUUCUGGUGUCACGACUCUCUUUGAUUACCUCAUGCCUAUCAUCAUCGAGAAGCUGGGAAAGUCGUUGAAGUCAUUUGAUCUUCACAUCAAUGAACCUAGGCCUUAUGCCCAGGAUAGCGAUCUCAUCAAGAGUAUUUUGCGGGGGCUUCAACCUCUUGUGGAGGCAGGAUUGCAAUCACUGCGCCUGUUUUUGCAACUUGACCCCACAAUACCAGUGCAAUUCUCUCAGGAAGUGCAAUCUAUGCUUGAGCCUUGCGCUUGGCCUUCUUUGAAACAUUUUCACUUUACGACAAAGGCAAUCGCAUUGGAAUAACAAGUAUUACAUUCGGACAAGCAGUUUUCAUCCCUGGUAUAAGCGAUCAUUCGUAUUGUUUACUAGCGAAGGAAGUCUUUUGGUCCCUGUCUAAGUACUUAGGUUAGUGUAGUAGGAGGGUUUACUUUAGGCAUACCCUUGAGUACUAGACAUCUUAGUUCAAUCUUAGUUGCG